UUAUCUCCUGAUAAGACAUAUCGUGUGGAGUCACUCUGCACAUGCUCAGUUUGGUGUGUAUGGUUAGAGAUUUUUUUUUUUCCUGGUAGAGUGCAUUGCAUGCAGGGUCCAGGGAGACCAUAUAUAGUGAAUGCAGGGUCCUGGGAGACCAGAUAUAGUGAAUGCAGGGUCCGGGGAGACCAGAUAUAGUGAAUGCAGGGUCCGGGGAGACCAGAUAUAGUGAAUGCAGGGUCCGGGGAGACCAGAUAUAGUGAAUGCAGGGUCCGGGGAGAUCGGAUAUAGUGAAUGCAGGGUCCGGGGAGACCAGAUAUAGUGGAUGCAGGGUCCGGGGAGAGC